CCUCCUCCUCCUCUCUCUCUCUCUCUCUCUCUCUCUGUCUCUCUCUCUACCUGAACUGGAAGAAGCCCCAUAGAGAAAACCCCACAAUAGUUCCCUCUCUCACUCUCUCUAUCCUUCAGUCGUGGGAAAGGAGGGUUGCUGUUCUACUACUCUUAUCUUCCUUCAUUUCCAAAAACCCGAAAUCUCUCUCUCUCAAAAUUGGAAAAAGCCCCAUAAAGGAGUCACCGCACAAAAGUUAAGGACUGUGCUGUGUUUGUUCCCAUAGUUAGAUUCCACCACCCUGUGACUAUGAUGGAUGUUCAAAGCCAAGAUGAGGUUGUUGAUGAGUUCAAUAACAGUGACAGUGAGUGCAAUAACAGUGAUAGUAACAAAAUGCUUCCACCCCCUGAGGAGAAAUUCCAGUAUCGAGAUGAGCUCCUGAAUUAUGUUCGGAAUUUUGCCAUGACCCAAGGUUACAUGAUCACCAUUAAGAGAUCAGAGAAGGAUAGAAGAGUGGUUCUUGGUUGUGAUAGAGGGGGCACCUACAAAAGCAAUGGUUACAUUUCUCUGCAAAAGAGGAAGACGAAGUCUCGCCUCAUAAGUUGCCCAUUUCAAAUGCUUGGUGUAAAGAAGAGUGAUGGGUUAUGGGUACUCAAGCUUAAGAAUCCAGAUCACAACCAUGGUCCUUGGAAAGAUAUUUCGAGCCACCCAUUUUGUCGAAGAUUUUCAGAAGAGGAAAUACUGAGAAUUAAGGAAAUGAAUGUGGCCGGUUUCCAGCCCCGUCAAAUUCUUGAUGCCUUAAAACAAAGUAAUCCUAAUCUUCAAGCUGUUCUAACUGAUGUUUACAAUGUAAAAGGAAAGAUUCGGUUGGAAAAUAGAUACCCCAUUUAUGCACCGGACCUGUCUGCUUCGAAUUAUGGGGAUCUUUCAAUUGAAGAGUUCGAAUCGAAGAAAGUGGGCGACCAUGAAAGGGCCACAAUUGAGUCUUUAUCCAAUGAGUUGAAGGGAAAAGAGGUGUGGGUUCGAGCUCGUGUACAUAGCAUUCGAGAAGUGAGUAAGAAUAUGGUCUUCUUAAUUUUGAAGGAGAAGUGGUAUACACUACAGUGUGUGGUGACUGUAACUCAAGGUUUUGUAAGUCAACAGAUGGUUAAAUAUGUCUCUGCAUUGGGUGUCGACUCUUUUGUCGAUGUUUAUGGGGUAGUUGUGGUCCCUGGGAUCCUGAUCAAAGGUGCUUCUCAACAGGUUGAAAUUCAAGCAAAGAAAGUUUACUGUGUCAAUAGAGCUGUUCAGUAUUUGCCCUUUAAUUUAGAGGAUGCUGCUCAAAGUGAAAGUGAAUUCUUAAGUGUAGAGCAGGCUGGAGAACAGAUAGCCCGUGUGAUUCAAGAAACACGUCCAAAGCAUAGAUUUCUUGAGCUGGGUACCCCAGCUAAUCAAGGAAUUUUUCACUUCAAGUAUCAAAUCGAAGAAGUAUUUAGGCAUUUCUUGUCUUCCAAAGGUUUUAUUGGGGUCCAUACUCCAAAGCUGGUAGCAGGUGCAAGUGAAGGUGGUUCAUCUGUAUUCAAAUUAGAAUACAAAGGUCAACCUGCAUGCCUAGCACAGUCUCCACAAUUACACAAACAAAUGUUGGCCGGGCAAUUUAGUCGAGUUUUUGAGAUUGGUCCUGCUUUCAGGGCAGAGGACUCCUAUACACAUAGGCACCUUUGUGAGUUUAUAAGCCUUGAUGUGGAGAUGGAGGUUGAGAAAGGCUACUUCGAGCUACUGGAUUUUGUGGACUGGCUUUUUGUUUCAAUUUUUGAUGAACUGAAUGAGAGGUGCAAAAAGGAGCUUGCUGCGAUAAAUGAGCAGUACCCAUUUGAACCUUUGAAGUACUUGAGGAAAACUUUGCGACUUACUUUUGAGGAGGGGAUUCAAAUGCUCAGGGAAGCUGGCAUUGAGGCAGAUCUCUUGGGCGAUCUAAAUAUAGAAACAGAGAGAAAAUUGGGUCAGAUUGUUAGGGAUAAGUUCAAUACCGACUUUUAUAUACUUCAUCGCUAUCCUCUAGCUCUGCGACCAUUUUACACCUUGCCAUGUUCUGAUAAUACUUCAUUUGGUAGAUCAUUUGAUGUGUUUAUGCGAGGUGAGGAGAUAAUUUCAGGAGGUCAGCGCAUUCACAUUCCUCAGCUCUUGGUGUACCGAGCAAAGGCAUGUGGAAUUGACACGAAUGCAUUCUCUGAUUAUCUCGAUUCCUUUUGGUAUGGGAUGCCUGCUCAUGGUGGAUUUGGGUGCGGCUUGGAACGUCUUGUUAUGCUUUUCUGCGGCCUUGAUGACAUUCGGAAGGUUUCCGCCUUUCCUCGUGACCCUUACAGGCUUACCCCCUGAUAUUUUCUCUUAUUUUCUCUUUGUACCCUUUUCCUUUCUUCUUAUCUUUUGAUAUUUUUUGGACUAGGGAGACACAAUUCUUGCUUCUCUUACCAUUCUUCAUUACUAAAUAUCGAUGGGCGAUCUUGGGGAUCAUUUAUUUUGUGAAUAUUGUAAGAAAAUUUUACUUAUUUUGUAAAAUCAUUUCCUCAAAUGAGGCCAAUUUGAGAAAA